AUCUAGCAAAAAUAAUAAUAAAACAAAGACAAAGUCGCAGUUUGAUGUAUGGACGGCUAAGGUUGACGAUGACCUGAUACCCAUCACACUAAAACUCCGAUCGUCUUCUCUAUCUAAUACAAUUUUUUUCAGAUUCUUCUCCAAGAAUUGUUUUCAUCCUAGAGAUCAUCAUUACAAUCUCCACAGACAGGAUCUGAUUUUGAAAGAGGGAUCUCGCUCUCUGCAAAAUGGCGAAUAACGGGGCGGCUUGUGCUGAGAGGGCUACAAAUGAUAUGCUGAUUGGUCCUGAUUGGGCUAUCAACAUUGAACUCUGUGACAUUAUCAACUUGGAUCCCAGUCAAGCAAAAGAAGCAGUGAAGGUGCUCAAGAAACGGUUAGCAAGUAAAAACUCCAAAGUUCAGAUUCUUGCUCUUUAUGCAUUGGAAACUCUUAGUAAGAACUGUGGAGAGAGCGUGUUCCAGCUUAUCGUGGACCGUGGUAUAUUGCCUGAUAUGGUCAAAAUAGUGAAGAAAAAGCCAGACCUUAGUGUGAGGGAGAAGAUACUUAGUUUAUUAGAUACAUGGCAAGAAGCUUUUGGUGGAAGCGGUGGUAGAUUCCCUCAGUACUACAAUGCUUAUAAUGAACUCAGGUCUGCUGGAGUUGAGUUCCCACCUCGAACCGAGAGCAGUGUCCCCUUCUUUACUCCACCUCAGACUCAGCCCAUUAUUGCUCAAGCCGUUACUGCAUCAGAUGAAGAUGCUGCUAUUCAGGCCUCUUUGCAAAGUGAUGACGCUUCUGCACUCAGUGUGGAAGAGAUUCAAAGUGCUCAGGGAUCAGUUGAUAUAUUGACAGACAUGCUUGGGGCUCUUGAUCCAAGCCAUCCUGAGGGUUUAAAGGAAGAACUUAUAGUUGAUUUGGUUGAGCAAUGCCGUACUUAUCAAAGACGUGUGAUGACUCUCGUCAACACUACAUCAGAUGAGGAGCUUCUGUGUCAAGGAUUAGCAUUAAACGACAACCUGCAGCGUGUUCUUCAGCAACAUGAUGAUAAGGCGAAAGGAAACUCUGUUCCUCCUGCAACAGCUCCCGCUCCUAUACCGCUUGUUAGCAUCAACCAUGACGAUGAUGAUGAUGAGUCAGAUGAUGAUUUUGCUCAGCUAUCUCACAGGUCGAAAAGAGAGAGUGCACGAGUGAGUUUCAACCCUGUUCUUCCUCCACCGCCACCUACAAUGAGGCCAGUACAUGUUGAAUCUAAUGCUAUGGACUUCCUCAGUGGUGAUGUCUACAAACCUCAAGGAACCUCAGAGAGUGUAAAGCCUUCUCAUUCAUCAGACCUCGACUCUUCUGCUCCUAUUUUCGAUGAGCCAAUUCCUAGAAGCAAAUCCCCUGAGCAACCUUUGUUCAGUAAACCAGUAUAUGACCAAACUGAGAAACUGCCUCGUGCUCCAUGGGAUACUGAAGGAACCAGGGUUGUUCCACCACCAAUGUCUGUUAGAACCAAGCAUAAUAAUAAUGUUCCUCAAAACUCAAGCAGUGGCUCUGAUUCCUCUUACGAUGAUCUCUUGGGGCAAUCCAGGAAUCUCUCUCUGAAUCCAACCGCCUCUACUGCUACACCACCACCAAAGAAAGAUGAUAAACCAGAGGAUAUCCUUUUCAAAGACUUGGUUGACUUUGCAAAAAACAGGAAAUCAUCUUCUUCUUCUUCCUCCAAACCCAUUUGAGGCAGAGCUUCCUGUUGUUGGCUUUAGUAAUAAAUACUCUUUUACCAUUCUUUUCUCCUUCACUUCUUCAUUUGUGUUCUUUUGAUUGAUGGACAUAUAAGGGUUGAACACUCUGUUUCUUUUUCUAUCAAAUAAAAAGUUAUAAAU